UCACAUACUGUUUUAUGUUCUAUUUAGAUGAGUAGCAUGAAUUUAAUUUCUGCAUCAAUGUAUAUUUUCCAGGAACAUAAUGAUAAAGAAGAACGUAUAUUAUUUGCUGAUAUGGCUCCUGUACAUACCAACUAUUUUAUGUGGAUUGUGCACAUAUUAUAGACGAUCAUCAUAUACGACUAGCUGUUUCAUUAUUGGUAGAUGUACACGUUAUCGUCGAACAAGUUAUCCUGCCUGUUGUGUUGGGUAUUCAGACAUUACACCAGAUUGUGUAUAUUCUCUUUGUAAUGGAAAACCUACAGCCCGUGGAGGAUGCACUGAAGUAAACCCUACAGAUACAAUAUAUUAUAGAAAUGGAGGUAGUAGAAAUCAAGGAGGAGGAACCUGUAUAUCUCCUGAUGUUUGUGCUGACUGUCAGGAUGGAUUUUACAUCAAUGGUGCACUUUGUACAAGGCUUUUUGUAACGGAAACCCUCAACAUCUGAAAAGAUGACGAAGAUAUAAUUUUGUAAUUCAAAGGACAAAUAUUCAUAACAGAAGCAGAAACAGCAGCAAUGAAACACGCAACAUGCACUGACUAAAGAAGAUCGGGUUAUAGCUUAAGAUACAAGCAAGACUUCAUCAGAUAUUAUCUUAGCUGUUUAACAUUAGAGCGAUAUUCUAAGAGACGCAUAAAUAUGAUAAGAGUAACAUUAGCCUAAAAAUAAAACUUAUGAUAUGUUUUUAAUUCUGUAUAUUUUUCUUUUAUAUUACAUGCAAUAAUGUUUGUUUAUACUUUGUGUUUUCCCUUCAAAUACAAAAUCCUACUUAGUCGAGACUCCAAAGAAGUGAACUGUCAUCAUUCUUUUUAAGUAAAAUUGAUGAACAGAGGAUGCAUUUGAAGAAGGUGUCAGAAUACUUUUUAAAGCUGACUUGAGAAUUUGAAUUUGAAUAUGUUUUAUUGCUGUAACUGUAUACUACUGAUUAUGUAUUCAUGCAUAUUGUAAAGCAGGUGUUACAUUCAUUUAAUUCGAAUAUUUCAUCACAUCUAUCUAUUAUUUAUCACACAAUAUAUCAUAGAUAUGCUUGAAAUGGGAUAGAUUAUGUUACAUUAUUAUAUACAUAUCAAGUCAUUUGAAAACAAUUUAAAAAUCUUUGUCAAGAGACAUGGAUAGCAUCAAUGUUUUUUUUAGGAAUAAAAUGAUUAUUUCAAUACCUGUGUUAUUACAUACAACGAUUAAAAAAGAUUUAACCUGGGAAAACGUUUAUGGUAGUAAUUGUGCAUUCCCAUGAUUAUACUACUGAAUUGUAUUUAUUUGUAUUUCAUUUUUUUUUUUAAUUGUUCACGUAAGUAAAAUAGAAAAAACACAGAAUGUAUCAUGUCCAAAAUCCUGACUCAUUACAAGUGAGAGGUUUAGCAAGCUAUAAAACCAUUUUGAAUCCACCAUUUUCUACAUUAAGAAAUGCCUGAAUCAGGUCAGGAAUAUGACAUUUGUUUUUUAUUCGCUUAAAGUGUUUGAGCUUCUGAUUUUGACAUUUGAUAAAGGAUUU